AUGAGCAAGAACGCUGAAGUUGCGGCCCUCGGCGAGGUGGUCCCAGAGAGCGCGAGCGACGAUGUUGUCCUCGGCGAGAAGCAGGGGACCUCGAGGGAUGUGGAGGACAUGAAGCGUAUGGGCAAAGAACAACUGUUCAAGCGUAACUUUGGUUUUUUGUCCAUCUUCGGCUUCGCCAUGAUUCUGAUGAACACCUGGCAAGCGCUGCUCGGAACCAUUGCCUUUGGUCUCGGUAAUGGUGGAACAGCGGGUCUGAUAUAUCUGUACAUCGUCGUCGUGAUUUUCUUCACUCUGGUCAACAUUUCCAUGGCUGAAAUGGCCUCUAUGGCUCCGACAGCUGGUGGUCAAUAUCAUUGGAUUUCCGAGUUUGCGCCUCGAAGCCAGCAGAGGCUCCUGUCCUUCAUCGUUGGCUGGCUUUGUACUCUUGGCUGGCAGAGCGGUGUUGCAAUUGGAUGCUUUUUGGCGGCCACCGAAAUCCAAGGCCUCAUUGUCCUCAACAACGACAGUUACGUCUACGAGCGAUGGCACGGAACUCUGCUCACCAUUGCUAUUGUGCUCUUUAUCGCUUUUUUCAACACUUUCCUCGCCAAGCAUCUGCCCCUGGUCGAGGGUAUGGUUCUCUGCCUGCACAUUGGCGGCUUCAUCUGCAUCCUUGUUCCGCUGUGGGUUCUUGGCCCUCGUGGCAACUCACAUGAGAUCUGGACUGUGUUCCAGGAUGGCGGGGGUUGGGGUUCAACUGGUCUCGCAACCCUCGUCGGUAUUAUCACCCCCGCCACUGCUUUCCUUGGUGCCGAUGCAGCCGUGCACAUGGCCGAGGAGUUGAGGAACGCUUCCAAGACUCUUCCGAGGGUUAUGCUAUGGACUUCUAUCGUCAAUGGUGCCCUCGGUUUCAUUAUGCUUAUUACUUUUUGCUAUACCCUUGGCGACUUGAACAGUGUACUCUCGACGCCGACCGGCUACCCCUUUAUUCAAGUCUUUUACAAUGCCACCGGGUCCAAAGGCGGUGCCACGGCCAUGUCGUGCAUCCUGGUUCUGUCGGCUGUUGCCAACGGUAUGACCAACAUGGCCACCGCAUCCCGCCAACUCUUCGCUUUCGCUCGCGACAAGGGUUUACCUUUCCAUACCUGGUUCGCUAAGGUCGGAAGCCGGUUUGAAAUUCCAAUCAACGCCGUUCUUUUCACCGUCUGCUUCUCGGUCCUCUUCUCCCUCGUCAACAUCGGCUCGACCGUCGCCUUCAACCAAAUCCUGUCGCUCGGUGUCGCAGCUCUGUUGUCCUCGUAUUUCAUCUCCAUCGCCUGCGUUACCUGGCGUCGGGUCUGCAAUCAACCGCUCCUCGACCGCGUCUUUGACUUGGGGCGAUUCGGCAUUCCCAUCAACUUGGCUGCUCUGGCAUUCCUCGCCUUGGCCUUUACCAUGAGUUUCUUCCCUGGGGCCGCCCAUCCGACCCCGCAAACCAUGAACUGGUCUUCUCUGGCAUACGGAUCGGUGAUCAUCAUCGGAGGAGUCUACUACGUGUUCUGGGCACGACACCAAUACGUCGGACCUGUGGAAUACGUUCGCAAGAGCGCUUAA